UUAAUAAUGCAGGUGAAGAAAAAGUUCAUAACUCAACUGCUAGAAAGAAGUUUGACCACAGCAGGACAUUGUCACUGGCUGAUGAAGUGCUCUGUGGGCGAGAAACAGAGAAAUCUAUUCUUAUCAAAUUAGUUAGCCAACCAGACAACGAUCAAGGCUGGAAGGUGAUCUCAGUUUGGGGAAUGGGGGGUCUUGGAAAAACCACCCUUGUCAGAAGCAUCUACAGAAGCCAGCAGCUUGGUAGCUGGAAGCGUGCUUGGGCCACUGCAUUGCGUCCUUUUAACCCUGAAGUACUCCUUAGAGAUUUGGCUUUGCAACUUCAGGAUACUAUUCAAGAAGUUCCUGCCGGAUUAACAGCAACUCGAACACAAAACAAAAGCAUAUCAGUAAUGAAACUUCAAGACUUGAAGGAUGAGCUAGCUAGGGUACUAAAAUCAAAAAGGUGCCUUGUUGUUCUUGAUGAUAUAUCAUCCACUUCGGAAUGGGAUUUGAUCAAAUCAUGUUUGGAUAAUGCUGGAAGGAUCAUAGUCACCACAAGACAAAAAAAUGUGGCCAAAAAGUGUUCAAGAGAAGACAAGAACAUGUACUUUCUCGAAGGUCUGAAAGAUGAUGAUGCACUUGACCUCUUCAUAAAGAAGGUAUUCAAGGACAAUAUUGACAAACAUGAUUUAGUCCCAGCUAUGAUGGAGCAAGCAAGACUCAUCCUACAUAAAUGUGAUGGACUUCCCCUUGCAAUAUCGACUAUCGGUGGAUUCCUAGCCAGCAAGCCAAAGAAUGCUAUUGAAUGGAAGAAGAUGAAUGAUCAAAUUAGAACUGAAUUGGAGAUAAAUCCUGAACUUAGGACAAUAAAAACAAUUCUUAUGAGGAGCUAUGAUGGUUUGCCAUACCAUCUCAAAUCUGUUUUCUUAUACCUGUCCAUAUUUCCAGAAGAUCAUAGAAUUAGGUGGGGUCGCUUGGUGAGGCGGUGGAUUGCAGAGGGUUACUCAAGGGAUAUGCAUGGCAUGAAUGCAGUUGAACUUUGUCGGAGGUACUUUGAUGACCUCCUGGAUAGGAGUAUGAUCCUGCCAGGGGAA